AUGAUGGGAGCAAAAUCCAGUAAAAACAAGGGUGUUGACGGCCAAGCACAAUCAUCAUCACCACCACCACCACCACAAUCCCUUGAAAUCAAUACCAAUUCCCAGGACACAGCCGAUUUGAGCUCGUACGAGGCAGCCUGUAAACAUGACCCGGCCUUACAAUCAUUUGAUGCCACUCUCCGACAGCGCACUAGCCGUGUCAUCACCUCACUUUCCACCGGACUCGAAAUUCGGUCCCUAUCUCUUGACUCACUCAAAGAGGUUACUGAUUGCUUGCUUGAAAUGAACCAGGAAGUGGUCAAAGUCAUUCUAGAAUGCAAGAAGGAUAUAUGGAACAGUAAAGAAAUGUUCUCUCUUGUGGAGGAAUACUUUGAGAACAGUCUUCAAACAAUGGACUUCUGUACUGCCCUUGAGCAAUGUCUCAAGCGCGCACUGAAUAACCAGCUGAUAAUUCAAGCUGCAGUUAGACAGUUUCAGGAAGAAGUAGAAGCUGGAGCUGAAGGGAAGAGGUGUGAGAGGACCUUACAAGAAUUGAGGGCAUUUAAGGCAGCUGGGGACCCUUUCACGGAUGAAUUCUUUAUACUGUUUCAGUCAGUUUAUAAGCAACAGGCAUCGAUGUUUGAGAAACUGCAACUUCGUAAGAGAAAACUUGAUAAGAAGUUGAAAUCAGUCAAAGCUUGGAGGAGAGUGUCAAAUGUUAUUUUUGUUGCCGGUUUCGUCUCUGUAUUGGUUUUUUCUGUGGUGGCAGCUGCUAUUGCUGCACCACCACUUGUAACAGCCUUGGCAGGAGCAUUGGCUGUUCCAAUAGGUUCAAUUGGAAAGUGGUGUAAUUUGCUCUGGAAUCGUUAUGAGAGGACACUGAAAGGGCAGAGGGAGAUAAUCAGCUCAAUGCAGAUUGGGACUUAUGUUACAAUGAAGGACCUGGACAACAUCCGGGUGCUUGUUGACAAAUGGGAAAUUCAGAUUGAGUCACUGUUGCAGACUGCUGGUUUUGCGCUUAGAGAAGAGGACACUGUGAAGCUAGUGAUAGAUGAGAUCAAGAAAAAGCUGGAAAUGUUUGUGGAAACCAUUGAUAAUUUAAGCCAACAUGCUGAUAAGUGUAGCCGGAAUAUAAGGAGGGCGAGGACAGUGAUUUUGCAGAGAAUAAUUAGGCAUCCCGAAAAAUGA